AUGCAGCCGACAGAGGGUAGUCCUCCAGAACCACCCCUUCUAUCAUCGACAGGCCAUCCUCUCCCCCGACGAACCUCCGGACAAAAUUCCAUUACCCUGCGACAUCACCAGCUAGCUCGCGAUGCCUCCUUGAAAGCCAGCCGCGGGUCAGUUCCACCAAAUCAAAGCAAUGACGAACAUUCGUCAUCCCCCCGUCGAAAUUCGUCGGGCGAUAGCAACGAAACCGGCCAGAGCGAUGCCAAGAAAUGGUUCAAUCAGUCAAACCAAAAUCCUACAGCGAUCUUUGACAGCAAUUCCAUGGAUGUCGAUCCACCGUUCUUUCAAAAAGAAUCGGAUUCGUCCAAUGAAGACAAGCCGUAUCAGUAUCCAACAGCCGAGCCUCCAAUGCUCAACGCCGCUCGCAGCAGCAGCGCCGAUGACUAUCGAAGCGUGAUCGAUGAUCUCACCGUGGAGAUCCAGAAGUUGAAGGAAGAGCUGAAGCGGUACAAACAGAACGGCCCUGAUAUGCUUCGAAAAGAUAAACUCUUCGAAAUUAAGAUACAUGGGCUACCAAAAAGGAAAAAGCGCGAAUUAGAAGCGACGCUCCGAGAAUUUACAGCAAGCCUGGGGUAUUCGCCAGAUACUACCUCUUCAUCGAAGCGCGACAAAAAAUCGUCCAGGCAUGGUACUCGCGAUGGAAUGUAUUCCGGGUCAGGCUCCAUGUCAUUAUCGAAACAUGCCUCGUCUUCGUCUGGAUCUCACACACGGCCAGUUGACUCGGCUUAUGCGUCUAUGUCGACUGGUGCCGGUUCAUCUGGAACAUCCUUGAAUAGGCCACAAGGAGGCUCACGAUUCAAGUCCAAUGAGCAGAAAGUAGAGAAUUACUUGCGCGACAUUCCCGAAGGGCUAUAUCCCCGUUCUCUUUCCAUGACAGAAAAGGAAAAGAGGAAGCUUGUGGUCCGACGUCUUGAGCAGAUAUUCACAGGCAAAUUUGCAGGCCGACAUGCCCGCCGGAACCAGCCCAAUCAAACCGCAGCUGCAUCUAAUUCGCAGGCCCCACAGGGGACGUCAGGAGUACAUUCUCCCCUGCGUCUCUCUUCUAUCCAACAGCCGAAACUUAAACCAAGUCCAAAUUCUGGAUCCGAGCUUCUCCGUGAAGCUCGAAUUCUUCCCCAUGAACAUCAUCACGCAGGAAAGAAAAGCAGAUCGCAAGACAUAGGCUCCGCAUCCAACUCCAACGAAGAUCAGAUGGAAUCAGGGGGUAACGGCAAUGGCAAUGGUAGUGGCUCGGGAUCAAACCCAUCUCCGCCCAUGCCACCACCUCCUGAACAGCGACCCACGAGGCCCAAAGACCUCGAUCCUGAUCGCAUUCAAAUCCCAUCCGAAAACAUGGAGUACAUCAGACAUUUAGGUCUAGUCCCUCCAGAGCUGAUACCCGAUCCACCAGAGCGUUCAGACAACGACGUUCACCCCGAUGCGGAUGGUUGGGUUUAUUUGAACCUGCUCUGCAACAUGGCGCAGCUGCACAUAAUGAAUGUCACCCCAGAUUUUGUUCGUAAUGCCGUCGUUGACCUCAGUUCCAAAUUUCAGCUGUCGCCAGAUGGCCGAAAGAUAAGAUGGCGCGGUGGUACAGACGGCACCAAAUUCAGUAGCGAGAGCUCGGGUGACAAUUCCCAGCGAAGCCCCGAAACAGACGACACUGCGAACACAAAAGCAGGGCAUCGUAAGAGGCAGAAAACAGGACGCUCAACGGGAGACUCUGGGAGCUCGGGCAAUCAGCCAUCUAAAUUUGGGCCACUGAUGACUGCGCCCUCUGAAAGUUUUCACUACAAGCCCCUAUUCGUUAAUCAGCAAUCGCCCAAUGGGCAAUCAUCGAUAGAGGACGGUACAUUGUCGUCCUUCGGUCCCAUCGAAAGCAAUACAGACUCGCGGUGGGGUCGGAGCGGCUCUGGCGCCUCUAAUCGUCGUAAACGUCUCCGGGACGGCGCUAUUAUCUAUUAUAGUGGUGCUCCGUUCUGUACCGACCUAUCAGGCGACCCGGGAGAUAUAUCGCCUACGACCUAUUUAUUAUCCAGUGAAAGAGAACAGACGGACUCUCAAAAAGUACAGUUUGUUCGUCCAUUGCCCUUCCGAUCAGGAUCAGGCUCUUCUACGCAUAGACGACCCCUGAGUGACGCCGACCUCGGCCUGGGUGCCAUUUCCGAGAUGAGCACGGAUGAUGGGGCUAGCGUACCUGAGCUUUCGAUUGACUCGGGUGAUGAAUCUAGCGAGCUCAAUCUGGAAUUUCCCUGGAGCGAUGAGCAGCAGACUCUCGAGAUUCAUCCGCUUGAGCCCUGCGGUCUUGGUGGUGUGCGGCCAGAAGAUCACUUCAUGGUGGUGGUAACGACGAGGCGCUCAAAGCUUGAUGCUCACGGCGGCCAACACGGCGUGAAGCGGCGCAAACUUUCCGAAGAAGUAACCGACAACAUUAUUAAUCGGCUGGCUUCAAUGUCAACGUCGUCGCCUCGCCCGUUUACUAGUCGAUUGCCAUCACAAGGCGAAGUAUCUAGGAUUGGAAUCGAAUACUUGUCCGGCCGCAUUAGACGCCUGGAACCAGUACCGCUCCCUCCGCCUGCCAUAUUUUUCCCGCCUUUUAGCGUAGACUCGUGGUCGGAGGAUGAAUAUGGAUCCGAUGGAGACGACGAGCUUAAUUCUUCCGAAGAGUUUAUGAGUCGACGGGCAAACCCUCAUCAGUCUGAUGACUAUCCCGACGGGGUGGACCUGAGCAGCGGCGACGAGGACGGUGAAGAGCCCGACGACGAUGUUGACAUGGCGGUAACUGAGGAACCAGCCAGUGUCAUGGACGGGGUUUCACUACCGGGUCCACGCAGAUCACGGGCCAGCACGGAGGCAGUCCCAGGGACUAUUCGUGGAAGAAGCAAUAGCGCUAGUGCAGAGGUGUUGCUCCGCACUGGAGGCAGCUCCGCGGCGACUGCAGGAGGCGGCGUCGAGAGCGGGAACAACAGCAGCUCCGAGGGGAGUGGCUCAUUGUUAUGA